CUGUGACUCUCAUCCGAGCAGUAUCGUAGUUCAUCAAUCAUGCUCUUUGCCCUACGGACCUGUAUUGUCUUAGACUUAAUGUUUUGGCCUAAAGCACCGCUCCUGUGGAGCCUAUAUGGAGUGUACUUUUAUGGCACAACUUCGCGUAGUAUCCUCCUCCCUGACCAGCUAUGCAUCUUCCAGGUCCUGUUCAAACUUCCAGGCCCGCUUUUCGACGUUUAUCCCCGCUAAUGUUCACAGUUCUGUUCAUUUUAUUUGCUUUACUCGCGGGAGUAGGCAUAUUUCACGGUCAUUCACCAUACUCCUGGGCAACAGACAAGGGAUGGUCGUUAGUGGAUACCAGGAUUGGUCACCCUACCACUUCUCCAUUCAUCAAUCCCAAAACUGCGGCGCUCGGUCCCAGUAGCUCGACCAACGGUGCUAAACCGACACUUAUCAGCGAAAAUGAAUCUUUCUCAAUAAAGCAUGAUCCUUGGCCGCCUGCUGAUCCAGAGCGUCUGACGAAUGUCGAAGAGCUAAGGGAGCUCGUGUCAACCACUGACGGGUAUUUUGCAAGAGACUGGAGUUUGGGCCUUGGCUGGAAUAAUAUACGAUUUAUUAUCGACUCGGCAUUACUGCAAGCAAAGCUUCUUCACCGGACGCUCAUUCUUCCAUCGUUCGUUUAUGCGCGUGGUUGCGAGUACGAUAUGCAAGUGUGCUCCGACUAUGCCGUGAUGGUUAACAAAGGGGAUGUAUUGGGAAGCAAUGAAUGGCUCGGUCUUCCAAUAGACCAGCAGAUGGCCUGGGUUCUGCCCAUAAAUAUGAUGAUUAAUAUUACUCACCUUCAGCUGUAUGUCAUUGAAAAUGGGUGGUAUGACCCGCCCGAAACUGUGAGAGUCGAUGAAGUGGUCGCAAGGACCGAAGAGGCGAACAUUUCGGAUGUGGAGGAAGGAGGGAUUUAUAGGACACUCAAGGAUGCUCUCCUGGAUGAUCAAGUUCUGCUAGAUUGGGAUAAAGCACAGGAAUUACUAGGUAUCUUGAGUGACGAAGAUCUCGAGAGGGAAGUGGUACAUACUUUCAAACCCUUGUUAGGGAUGGAGUACAGCAAGGCAGUAGUGGAUCCCAUACGACAGGUCACUCCUCGAAAGAACUUACGUGGAUUCAAGAAUGAUUUUGGAGGACGUAAGGAAGAAGUCGUGCUGCUCGCUGGGGAGGUCCAUCAUGGACGAAAGCCGGGAUCUAUGCGAUUUACAUCGCGUGCCGCUUUGGAUCAGUUCGUCGCUUUGGUGCUAGAUGACGUCCGCAGGAUUGAUGCUGUCUUAGCUCUUGCAGAUGCAAUGGUUGAACGCAUGUACAUGUUCACCGAGGGGAGACUCUGGAUGGCAGCGCAUAUACGUCGUGGCGACUUUGUGAGGCACAACUUGGUAAUGGAGAGGAGCCCAAAAGAACAUAUGGCUAGGGUCAAGAACCAUUUGAAGGAAGGUGUAGACUUCAUCAGGGCACUGAGAAUUGGGGAAGAGACAUUGAAGAUCUGCGAUGUCCCAGUAUCGCUACAAAUUAGUAGAGAAAACCAAGGGUACGGCGGGUUUUGCCGGGUACCGGACCCUUACCCGGCGGGUAUGGACAUGGAAAUUCUCAAGAACAAGGCACCAUUAGCAGGAGACUGGUUCUAUGUUGCAACGGACGAGCGGAAUAAAAAGGUCUUGGAAGAAUUCCGUAAAGAAGGCGCAGUCUUCAUGGAUGAUCUCCUCACCAUUUCUGAUCGGCGCAAUGAGUUAUCGUGGGCACUGAUGUUUACCGAUUUUCGUGGCCUGGUGGAGCAGAUCGUUUUAUCGAGAGCAGCAUUCUUUUAUGGGCAUGCAUUGAGUUCGGUUGCUGGCGGUGUGAUGAAUCUGCGAGCACUGGGGGGGAUGGACCCACGCACUGCAGACGUGGACUGA